GAAAGGGGAGGGCUUCACUUUGCUUUUGAGUCGGGGGUAUUUGUUGGUAGCUCUUUUUAAUUUGCAGCCACCGAGAAGAAGAGAAAUAUGCAGGAAGCUCUAGUUAGGCUGUUUUACAACCUCUCAAGCUCCUCCUUGCUUCUCCUUCUCUUCCUUUACUCAUCUUCCAUUUUGCUUUCCAAGUUCCUCUUCUUCAUUGGCACUCAUCCACUUUUCCAGAGGUCUCAAAUUGGAUAUGACUCCGAGGAAGAAGAAGAAGAAGAAUAUGGUUGCAUGGCAAAUGACCAUCUGGUGGCAGACAUUAUUCAUGGUGGCGAAUCACUUGUAUUCCUAUCAGAAAAUAGCUUUCACGGGACUGGAAUUGAUUUUGAGGAAUCCAUGGCUCCCCAUCACGAUGAUGAUGAUGAGGACGAGGACGACGAUGACGAUGAUGUAGAAGAAGAAGAUUACAGAAGCAAUUCCACCCAACAGUUGUCUGCUCAUGACUACUCGUCACCUUGUUCAGAUUCUGAACAUCAUCAUCAUGGUGACGAUGAAAUGGAUUCGCUUGUUAAAGAUGAAGAGAUCCCAGCUAAAACCGUAGAAGGUGAUCAUCAGGUGAACGAUAAUGAAGAUGAAAUGACCGGUAACAAAGAAAUCAAACCAGGGGUGGAAACAGAUUUCUCAAGAUCAAAUGACAAGUACUUCGAUAUCGGACCAACGAAAUCGAAAUCCAACAAGUUACUAGUUCAUGAAGAAAUCUAUGGAGAUUCUUGCACGACAGCCUCUACUUCAAAGAGCUCCUCUGAGUGGAGAAGCUCAAUAACUUGCAGAGAUUCAACGACUGAUGAUCCAUUCUCUUCUUCCUCGAGAAGAAGUUGUCCCAAGUGGGAGUCCUACACAGUGUUCCAAAAAUAUGACGAAGAGAUGACGUACCUACACAGACUGAGUGCACAAAAGCUCCAGGAAACAGAGUCAUUGAGGUCCAUCCAAGCUUGCCCUAAGUCCAUAUCAGGGAGAAUAGUCCACAAGUUUUCAACAACAAACAAGAGACAAUCAUCAGAUACCUGCAGACACAAUCCAUAUAAUGAACUGGAAGCUGCUUAUGUAGCUCAAAUUUGCUUAACAUGGGAAGCUCUUAAUUGGAAUUACAGCAACUUUGAACGUAAAAGAGCCGCACGCAAAGGUUUUGACUGUCCGGCCACCAUUGCUCAACAGUUUCAGCAAUUCCAAGUUCUUUUACAAAGAUACAUUGAAAAUGAGCCUUAUGAGCAUGGCAGAAGACCGGAGGUAUACGCCAGGAAGAGGCUGUCGGCACCAAAGUUGCUUCUGGUUCCUGAGUAUCGAGAUUACGAGGAUGAUCAAAGGGAAGAAAGUUCAGGGUCAAGAAUAUCAGCAGAUUCAUUUCUGGUAAUAAUAGAAGAUGGAAUCCAAACCUUCAUGAAUUUUCUCAAGGCAGAUAGGGAGAAACCAUACCAAAUCAUUAAAGCACUGUUUCGGAGGAAGAGAAAAGGCUCCGUUGACCCAACACUUGUCCGACUCAUGAAGAAAGUUAAUGCUAAAAAAAAGAUGAAGCUUAAAGACCUACGCAGGAGUCACAAAUGCAUAAGGAAAAGAAAACACAAGGUGGAGAAAAUGGAGAUAUUGAAGGCUCUAAUUGACCUAAAAGUGGUGUCAAGGGUGUUGAGGAUGAGUGAUCUAAGUGAACAACAAUUGCAUUGGUGUGAAGAGAAGAUGAACAAAGUGAAGAUUUCGGAAGGAGGACUCCAAAGAGAUUCCUCACCACUCUUUUUCCCAGCACACUGACCCACCCACCCACCACCACCACCAUUUUUCAUAAGCAAAUCUUGUUGCUUUGAUGACUAGAUUCCUACUCUGCACCAAAUGAAUAUCCUACACAAGCUUUUUGUAAAUACUAAAGCAAGAUGGAGAGAAGGGUCCUAAAAAUCAUGUGGGACAGGGAUGGAUCAAGGGUGUUGAGGGUGCAUUUGGAAAUUUCAAUUUCUCAUAUAGUUUAAGUUCUUUUUUUUGUAUUUUUUUAUUGAUGAUCAAAUUUUAUACCUCUGAAA